AAGAUGGUCCCUUGUCAUGUAACAUAUUCAUAUUAUUAUAAUUCAUAAUAAGAUAGCAUUUUGAGCCCUUUAUUUAUUUCUGUUUGGUAUUAGGUACAGAUGAGGCAAAUUCUGAAGGAAAGAGAAAUCAGAGAUCAUAAAUUAGCGGAGCCGCUCGCCUGGGGAAUCGGUGAAGGAGGUGAAAAUGAUAAAGGCGGUGAUGGUAAUAAAUACCCAAGGCAAACCUCGCCUUGCCAAAUUUUAUGAUUUUUUGACUGUGGACAAACAACAGGAGCUUAUACGCAGCGUAUUUGGAGUGUUAUGCAGUAGAGCUGAGAAUGUUAGCAAUUUCAUGGAGGCUGAUUCUAUCUUUGGUCCGGAUAGUCGUCUUGUGUACAAACACUAUGCAACUCUUUAUUUUGUGUUUGUAUUUGAUACCUGUGAAAAUGAGCUUGCCGUGCUAGAUCUCAUUCAAGUUUUUGUAGAAACACUGGACAAAUGCUUCAGAAAUGUAUGUGAGCUUGACAUAGUGUUCAAUUACAGCAAGUUGCAUACAAUUUUAGAUGAGAUAGUUUUUGGAGGUCAGGUGCUUGAAACAAGUUCUGCUGAAAUUAUGAAGGCUGUUGAAGAAAUAUCAAAGCUAGAAGCAUCCUCAAAUUCCAUCACAUUAGUCCCCAAAACUGUUUCUGGUUGGCGGAACCGAUAGCACAUUGAUGUGGAGUGACGGCAAAAUGAUCGCAGUUAACCCAUCAACCAUCGAGCACCACGGCACUCAGACCUGAAAUGGUUUCUGACAAGUUCGAUGCGUAUUAAGCAAGCUACUUCAGCACUCAAAGUUUCUUGUAUUGGUGAAUAUUUCAAGUGGAUUGAUUGUGGAAAACUUUCAGAGUAGGCUAGAAGAUUGGAAGUUAUUGAGUGAUUUAAAUCAUUAGAGGUUUGAUUGAUGCUGUUGCUGAUGACCUUGGGGAAAAUGAAAUUCCAAGAUGCAUGGUCACGAAAUUUUAAAGAUUGGAAAUUAAUAUUCUGUUAUGCAAUUGUUUGAAUGCCCUUGAUUAAGCCAGGAGGUUGAACGAUUGGGACA